AUGGCCACACCGGAGCAUAUUCGAGUUGGUUGUCUCAGAAAUGAGUGGAUCCUGCAAGGGGUCUCUUGGAUAAUCCGAAAAACUGUACCAGCCAUAACGAUUACCACGGCUGUCUCCGAAUAUUCAAAGAUCGACCCCGAGUCCAACGAGUCAGUUCCCACCGUAGAACUGACCCAGAGAUUCAGCGGUGGCUUCGCGAGUACUAUCGAAAGACGAACUCUAAACUGGAGGCCGCAAGACUACUCGGACUACAUCUUCGGAUCAGCUCAGCUUCAGGCCCGUUACAUCCGGGGCCAUGUCAUUACGCCCGAAGAAGAUCAACCCGAGAUUGAGCUAGAACCCGAAAUGCAACACAAAGAGGAGAUUCGAAAUUUCUUGUCGGGAACUGCUCUAGACAAAGGAAAUGCAUCUGCUUUUCUUGUGGGGUCGUUGCCCGAGAACUCUGGUGUCAUCAACACUCAAGGAGUCUUGGGUGUUCCAGGACUUUGGAUUUAUACAGUUGAACGGAAGCUGGAGACAGGAGGGCUCUCAUCACAGGUGAGCAAACUAUAA